AUGGCUCUCAAGGUUCCCAUACGGGACCACAGCGCUCAUCAGAUUCCCUGCGGUUACUUGCACUGCGAACACCACUUCAAAACUCAGGCAGGGCACACAAAGCACUGGAAUGCUUUGCAUCCAACAUUCACCUCAGCUCCUACCACUAGUGUCUCUUAUUCGGCUACAGUCGAAGAUGAGCCAGAGGAACUGCAUGACAACUUCUUCGCAGGGGACAACUUCCCCGCAGGCUCGUUUGAUGCGGGCCAGGCUCUCGACAAGCCUGACAAUCUGGCACAUACUGCAGUCACUUUACCCUUGAUAAAUACAUACAACUAA